AUGGCCAUGGACCCGGCUGCCGUCCCCAGCGUUGCCCAACCCCCGGUGAUCGAUUUGGAGCCGGAACCCGCGGUAAGCGGGAGUUCCGGGAAGAGGGCCUUGGACCUGGCCGCUGUGGAGGCCGACACUGGGAAAAAGAGGCCCCGGAUGAGGCAGGCUGGCUCAGCCGGUGAGUCACACGGGGAAAGCCGCCUCGCCGCGAAGGAGAUUCCCGCAUUACCGACCCUCCCAAUACAUCCGGCACUACCCGAGGAGGGGAAAGCCGUCUUGCAGGAAGAGCAGUUCCGGCUAAUUUCCCAGACCUGGGAGAGUGGCCGGGAUUGGAGAGAUGAGACGUACAAGGCCCUGACGAUUCGUUAUCAGGAUGCUCUGUUGUCCCAUCGGAAUGCUGACCUGGUGGCCGAGGCGGCCAUGAAAAUGGAGACACUCCAGUUGGAGCUGGAGGCGGCCGUAAAUCAAAGGGAGGUCGCCAAGGAGGCCCUGGCCAGGGAGACGGCCCAGGCUUGGGAGACUUUGAGAAAAGCGGUUGCUCAGGCAGACGCGGAUCGCGCAGAGUUCGACCGAGUCAAGGCCGGGCUCGAGGAGGCCUUAUCUCGGAAAGAAACCGAGGCCAACGAGAGGGCAGCCCUUCUGGAGGCGGCUGCGGCUCAGUCUAUCCGGGAUGGGGAGAAGAUCCAAGACUUGGAGACUCGAGUCCGCGAGCUGGACAGCUCUCUUCGUGAGGAGGUGACGGCGCAUGAGGAGGCCCGCCGCGGAAAGGAGCAGGCGGACGACUUGCUGCAUGUCAGUUUUGAGGAGGCCAUCUACAUGGCUUGGCGCAAGGACAAAAGCAUGAACCUCCUGAUCUUUCCCGACCCAGAAUCGAAGAGGGCUGAAUUCGAGGCCAAGGAGAAGGAAGACGUGGAGCUUCUGGAGGACGAAGCCUAG